UACAAGUUCCUUCUGUCUGCUUCUGUCCAUCCCACACCAUUACGACCACAUCACUUCCAACAUGGCAGAAUUGAGAAGGGCCGAGAAACUUGCCUCAGCGAAAAAGAAGCUGAGGCAGUUUCAACAAAAGAACCGCGAUAGUCAAAGUGAAUCUGGAAGGAGCACUCCUUCUAAAAAGAAAAGCGAAGAAGAAGAUAGCAUUGGGAAAUUAUUUCGUAGUGAAAAUGGAGGUUCUUCAAACAGUCUCUGUCAGAGUGAGAAUUUCAGUUCCAACAUCAGUGGAACUGAUUCUCCACUACCUGCGCUUGAAAAUCUUUCGGAGACUUCUCAAAUAAUAAAUGGAAACUUACAGCCUGAUAUUAUUAAUGUUACCAACGUUUUUAACACGCUACCAAAUGGUUCUGGGAACUAUUUUCAAUCGCCAUCUCCUCAAAAUCUUUUCUCAGAGACACUACCCGUCGCAAAAAACAAAUCAGCCUCAGAUUUCUUUGACAGUCUGACUACGAGCUAUGAAGCAUCUGGAGGUUUGAGCUUCAGAAGGGAUGUUGCACAAAUGCCUCUCCCAGUUUUAAACAUGAUGGGAUUUAAUCCUCCACACAUCAAUGCAUCUACUCCAGAAGGGCUGUUCCAAGAUACACCCAACUAUUCUUUCCCCGAUGCCUCUGUCUCUCCAAUCAAGAGUUUGAAGAACGACACGACCAGAGAAGAAGUGGUUAGUGAGUUGGAACAGAAUCUGCAGAAGAGUUGUUCUAGGAACAGCGAGCUCGAGCAACAAGUCAGUGAACAGAGAACACACAUCAUCCAACUCCAAACACAUCUGGAAGAGAUGAAGAAGAAGGCAGACGAAGGCAGUUCUACGUUAAAACACCAUGUUCAGGCAAUUGAGAUUUUGGUAUCGGAAAAAACUGAGCUGCAAAACAACCUGGACAAGAAACAGGAAGAACUUAAUGUCAAAAAUGGAGAGAUAGAAGAUUUGCAAGGGCGGUUGAGAGCGUCGCGCCAUCGAGUGUCAGACUUGGAGCGUGAUCUUGCUGCUUGUCGAGCUCAAACGGCGGCUCUAGAGAGCUCUGUGUCUCAACUCACUACAAAACUGCACACAGUGACAGAAAAUAACGAGACAAUAAGAAAGCAUGUGGGGGAUCUGGAAUUGGAAGUGAGCGAUUUGCAGAGUAAACUGGAAAAUAGGGACCAAACUGUGUCAGUACUUCAGGCAGAGUUGAUGGAGAAGAAUUCACAGCUUAGCUUGGCGGAAGUUCGGAUCCAACAACUGAGCGGUGUUGGUAGUGACAGCUCCGUUGUUGAUCAGCUGCAAGUGAGGAACACUGAGCUGUCUCGGACAGUGGAGAGUCUACAGGCUCAGCUGACCAGUGCCGUCACCACACAGGAGCAGAGUGUACGAGACUACCAGCGUUAUGUGGAGCAGUUACAGCUUGAACUGCAGCUGCACAAAACCUCGGAGGAAGCCAGCAAAGACCGAAUUGAGCAGUUAAUGACGAGAGAGCAACAGCUAGUACAGCAAGUGAGCGAACUAGAGCGCCAGCUGAAUCGAGCUCCUCAUCCGAGCGAGGACCCAGCCUUGCGAGAACUCAAGGACCAACUGGCACUCACAAUCAACACAUCUGAAGAUCUAAAGGCACAGCUUGCACACAAGAGCAAUGAGGUGGACUGUCUAAGAGAAGGGUUGCAAGAACGAGCUCUCAGAAUCCAGGAGCUGGAGGUGACGAUCGAACGACUCGAGGCAGAGAGACCCAACUCUGCCAAUCUGCAAGCUGCCAUCGAGAGUGACAAGGUGGCAGCGUCUCGGGCAGUGGCACAAAACAAUAACCUGAAGAAGCAGUUAGAAGAGCUUCAAGAAGCUUUAGUGAAACUGAGCAAUAGUAAGCUGGAGCUUACUCAGCAGUUGCAGAAUGAGCAGCAUCUCAGCAAAGAUCUGAGCGAACAGCUGGAGCGUAUACAGGACUCCUCAAAACAAACGAGCGGAGAGGUUGGAGAGGUUGAAAAAUGUCAACAAACGGAGGUUCCUUCUCUACAAGAAGCUGAGGUCCAAACCUACGACAGUCAACCUGUUGUGAGCCCUGAAGCAAUGUCCAAACUGGAGGACAAGUUCCGCCGCAAGAUGGAGGAGUUGGCAAACCUGAGUGAUGAGAAACAGAGGUUGGAACACCUGGUGCUACAGCUGCAGAGCGAGACUGAGACUAUUGGUGAGUACAUCACGUUGUACCAGAUCCAACGAGGCAUGUUACGUCAGCGAGCGCAGGAGAAGGACGAGCAAGUGGCCCGGUUGGCACAAGACAAGGAGGCUUUACGCAACAAGCUGGCUCAACUGAAUCAGCUGGUGCAACAGCUGGUCGGUGGGGGAUGCACUGGGGACCACCACCAUAAUGGAUACGAGUCGGAACUUCCUGAGACGGAGGACGCUUCCAGUGUUCCCCCGGAGGCAAGCCAGGCUACCGGGAAGGUAGAGACGGCCGAGCAGAUAAGAAGUUUAUUAACAGAGAUCGGGUCCAGCAACUUGGUUACUUCCGCUACCGACAACACCAACAUUAACUUCCAUCCUUGCCCGUGGUGCUCAGGACGCCUCAUCACCGUGUGAACGACUCAGUGCCUUGCCUCGCCUCGCCCAGUUACCUCUUCGCUCUUCAACAACUAGAUUAGUUUUUUACAUUAAACAUUCCUAACCUCUGGAAUGUUUCAAAAUCUAAAUCAGUUUUUGGGGCUUUUAAAAAGGGCACCACUACUCUAUCAUAGUGCGCUGCGGGAGUUAGGUUAGGUUGGUUUCAAUGAAAAACAAGGUAAGAUUUAGAAAAAACUUCAAUUUGUAUUUGUAUCCAUUUUUUCAUGUGUUUAGAAAUUUGAUAAAUGUUAUAUUGAUUGUCAUUAUUAUUAACUAAACUUAACUAACCUAACUGCACAGCACUCUGUCAAAGAGUUGCAACCCUCUCCUUGAAAUGACCACUAAUUUAAAAUCAAUAGUAGUUUUGGCUGCAGCAAAUUGUUAAGGAAGGGGAAUAAGUGGAUAGUUUAAAUUUGCAGAGGUGGUAUUCAAAUUUUGUAUCAAAAGCUCUCUGCCAUAAAAGACAGUUAUUUAUUGUUUCGUUUUAGUAAUCAUAAUAUAAUAUACCGUACCUCUUCAAAGUGGGAAAAAUCUCUUAGUAUGAUAAAUUCUUGUUAUUCGUGUUUCCAUUUCAUUAUUCAAAUGCUAUUUAAUUUCAGUGGUAAUUAACCAACAAUUUAAGUAACUGCAAACCUAUUCUAAAAUUUUUGCUUAUGAAUUUUACUCAAGACAACAUUUUGGUAAAUGAACACAAAAGGUUUUUCAGUAAGAAAUUAUUUGAAUAAAAUUUUAUAAACAACUUAACUUUUUACAUUCCAUAAUCAUUAAAAUUUGCAAACGAUAAAAAAUGUGUGUUUUAUUUGAUAAAUAAUUCUAGAUCACAAUGUAUAUUACUUAUUGAAUUGUUGAAAUGAUUUGUGUAUAUGUGAAUUUAGCAUGGUUAUAUAUUUUUGUAAAUAUGUUAUUGUAUAUUUGUACAUUGAAGAAACGGCAAUAUAAGUUACUGAUUGUGUGCUAUAUAAAGAAGCUUUAAAUGCCUUAAAUAAAUAAAUUUUUCACAGUUAA